CACAUUCGCACCGACCGCCGCAGCAUGCACGAUGUCGACAUGACGAGCGACGACGACGACGUCGAGGUCCCGCGCUACGGCGGCCUCAAGCGUGCGCCGCCCAUGGAGGCCGUCGUCGAGCACAAGCUCAAGCGGCUCAAGAUCCAGCGCGGUUCGUCGCCGGACGGCCACGGGCAGCUGCAACACCCGCCCAUGGCUCCUACCGCAGACCACGAGCAUCGACGGCGCCAGCACGAACAAGAGCAGCAGCGUCAAGCAGAGCUACACCACCGCCAGCGGCAGUUCGAGCAGCAGCAGCAACAGCAGUACCACCACCAACUUCAAGCGCGCGUGAGCCAGUAUUUGACGGCGCUGCCAGCACGCUACGAUCCGACAUCCCCCUCCGAUGUCAAUUAUGCGCUGUCAAACCAAGUCUUGCGCGACCUCCACUUCCAGCGCGAACGGCGCAAGCAGACGACACCGUAGGAGCUAUUUUAUGCGACAGCAAGAACUGCUCUCGUUGCAUUACCUCGCACAGCUCGUUGCGACGACCAUCGGCUCCUCAUGCAACACAGAGGGUGCAGUUUGUAUCGCC